GCACUGCGCCUGCGCCUUGACGUCAACUGGCUCACCGCGGCCUCCAUUUUGCAGUAGUUUUGUUAGCCAGCUGCUUCUAUUCGUGGUGCAGCAUCCGUAAAUAAAGUGCAUAAAAGGAUUAUAUAAAACUAAAGAGAUAUUUUCACUGAUACAACUAUGGCUGACCCAUCAGCAGACGUGGAGGUUCAGGAGGGCGCGGAGGUGCGCAAACUGUCGGAGCUGAGAGUCAUCGAUUUGAAGGCCGAGCUGAAAAAACGAAACCUGGAUACCACGGGUGUCAAGAGCGUGUUGUCGGAGCGUCUGAAAAAGGCAAUCGAGGAAGAGGGUGGAAAUCCUGAUGAGAUUAUUGUCACUCCGGAGUCAGCCCCAAAGAAAUCUACACCUAAACGGACUAACGUUACCAAAGAUACAAAGCAAGAGAAUGAUGAACCUGAGGACAGCACUAUCGAGGAGGAUUUCCAUGAUGACCAUGAGGAGCUUCAGGAUGAUCAUGAGAACAUGCAGGAAAUGGACAUCCUCGACAUGAAUGUUCUGGAUGAGACAGAAAAUGAUAAUGGAAUACCAGCCGAGGAUAAUGAGGAUGAAACAGAGAAUAAUGCCUCUGAUGAAGACGCAGUGUUGAAUGAAGAACAUGAAAACAGGGCCUUGGAGCCAGAAGAUGAGGCAGAAGGUCCAGAGAUGGAUGAGUCUGAGAAGUUAGAUAAUGAUGAAUAUAUGACGGGCUCAUCAUCAAUCAAUAUGGCUCAGGAUCCAGAUGCAGACGACAUGAAAGAAGAAACAGAAAAUGACAAAGUAGCCGGGUCUUGUUUAUCUGAGCCGCUUAACGAAGAUCAUCACCAGAGCCACGAGACGAGCCCUGAAGAAGAGCAAGCUGCCACCGCCGGAGGGGAAGAAAAUGUGUCCGACACUGGUGCCAAGUCCAACAAAGCUGCCUCUGGAGAUGUGGAGAGCGACAGGGAUGUUGUGGAGACUGACACCAACGAGGUUGGGGACACACAGAACGUCCCAGAAGAGACAUUUGACGGUGAAAACAAAAGCUCGCAGGCUGUUAGUGUAAGCAAACAGGGCGCUGUGGGUGAAACUGUUGAUUCAGAAAUGGGGUCUAAGAAGGGUGAGGAGGAUGAGAAGACAGAAGAGAAAGCUGCUGCGGAUUCAGCCUCGACAGUGAAAGAGUCCUCUUCUGUAGAGGGCGAUGAUCAGAAAAAGAGCCCUGAGGAAAAAGAUGGCAAGACUGAGUCAAAAGAUGAAAAGGCUGCUGGAAGUGGUGCUGCAGCAAGCAGUAGCAGGAAUCUGUGGGUCAGUGGUCUCUCUACCACUACCAGAGCGACUGAUCUGAAGACGCUCUUCAGCAAAUAUGGCAAGGUUGUUGGAGCUAAGGUGGUGACCAACGCUAAGAGCCCUGGGGCUCGCUGCUAUGGUUUUGUCACCAUGUCCUCCACAGAGGAGGCCACCAAGUGUAUCAGCCACCUUCACAGGACCGAGCUGCAUGGCAGGAUGAUCUCUGUGGAGCGGGCUAAAAACGAGCCUGCUGGGAAAAAGCCAGCAGACAAGAAUGACUCCAAGAAGUCUGGCAGUGACAGGAGACACUCCUCUGACACCAAAUCUGAAGGAAAGGAUGAGAAGUCUGAGGGAGAAGGAAAAGAUGCCAAAGCGCGAAAUGAGAGGACGGUAGUUAUGGACAAGUCCAAAGGAGAGCCUGUCAUCAGCGUCAAAACCAAAAGCAAGGAACGAAGCACAAAGAGUCGGGACCGCAAGUCAGCCAGUAAGGAGAAGAAAGAUAUCCUGUCAUUUGACCAGAUCAAGGAGCAGAGAGAGCGGGAGAGGCAGAGACAACGAGAGAGGGAGAUCAGGGAGGUGGAGAGGCGCAGGUGCACUGACCGUGAUCGUGACAACCGUCCAGACCGUGAGCGCGAGCGAAUCCGUCUUUUCCGGGAAAAAGAGGAGAGGAAACACUUACUGCGGAAGCGACACUGGCUGGAGACUGAAAAGCAGCGCCUCGAUGCAGACCGUAUGGAGCGGCAGUUCUUGGAGCGGGAAAGGCUACGCAUAGAGUACGAGAGGAGGCGCGAGCAGGAAAGGAUCCUCAGGGAGCGUGAGGAGCUGCGACGGCAGCAGGAGCAGUUACGUUAUGAACAGGAGCGACGCCCCGUUAAGAGGCCUUAUGACAUUGAUGGCAGGAAAGAUGACUGGCCUGAUAAGCGUAUGGCUAUUGAUGACCGUUAUGGCCGUUCAGACUUCGGUCGACAGGAACGUUAUCAGGACUUUGACCACAGGGACCGGAGCCGUUACCAAGACGACAUGGUUAUGGACAGGCGGGACAGCGCUCGUGGCAUCGGUGGAGACAGAGAUGGCCAGCACUUCUCAGACAGGUCAGACAGACAUGGCAGAGAAGGCAGAGACUCCUGGAGUGGAGGCUAUGACAAACGCAUUAACCCCAGGGAAGGAAGUCGAGACUGGGACUCCAGCAGGAAGAUGGAUGGAGACAGAGCAUGGCAAAGUAGAGACGGUGCUAUCCCAGGCCAGAGCCACAUGGCACGUGGAGGAAUGGCAGGCCGUGGAAGCUACAUGAACACAGGAACAUCUCAGUCCCUCUCUGGGGCUCUCAACAGACAGAACCAGCUGAUGCAGGGCAGCGGCGGGCUGCAGGGUGGAGCUUUUGGUCGACGCUAUUGAUGUCUGUCUGUCUGAAGACAGUUGUGCGACUGUUUUCAGGAGGUCAUAUUAAGAAGGAUGUGACCAUCUUAGUUUUGUACAUGUUUUUAAAUCAGGAAUUCUUUUUUUGACACAAUUCCAAUCCAUUUUUGAUGGAGACCUUUAUUUUUCUGGUUGCUUCCUUUUUUUAUAUAUUUUUUUGUGUGUGUGUGUGUGAUGUAGUGAUCUCCUGCCUUGUAUUUAUCCUUCAGUCCAACGUACCUUGUUUGUAUAUCACGACUGUCUGCUCACAAGAAUAAGUUGUAUAUGCAGGUUGGCCAGUGGUCGAGAGUCACAUACACCUGAGUGGACGAAUCUAAACUCACCAGUCUUCUCUCGGUAUCCCAGUUUGUCUGAAGCAUUUCAGAAGUUUCCAUUCUAGUUAAAGGAACCUUUGUUGCAAUUACAUUUGUUCAGAGCUUGAGGCUCCUUUUUGACGUUAUUCUUUUUAUAACACAGAUGGUUGGUGAAGUUUUGGUGCUGAAGAAAAGGGUUUUAAAACUACAUGUCACAUUCUGAUUCUCCAUGCUUGUUAGACUUUUUUUUUUUUUAUUUCAAUUUGUGCUUUUUCUGUACAUAGUAUCUGAUUUGUGUGAUUGUUGGAUUAUGGUAAUAAAUGCCCCUGUAGUGUG